AUGGCUGCAGACAACUCCCAACCACAGGCCGAAGUGAUGUCCAUCGCUUCGCCAAUCAACUUCAUCCUCGGCUCACUAUUCAUCGUCUUGCUGUACUGGCACUUCCGCCCCAAGGCCCCCGUCGAGCUUCCGCGUGGUCCCCCGCCAACCGUCUUCACGACCUACACCCCAAAGACCUUAAUUGAGUUCAAUGGCGAGAACGACCGCCCAGUCUACCUAGCCGUCCGCGGCCGCGUCUUCGAUGUCUCCCCCGGCAGAAACUUCUAUGGACCUGGCGGACCCUACGAGAACUUCGCGGGUCGGGACGCCUCGCGUGGUCUGGCUCACCAGAGCUUCGACCAGGAUAUGCUCACCAAGGACCUCUCGGCUCCUUUGGAUGAGCUCAAGGACCUGGAUGCCGAACAGCUGGAGAACUUGCAGUCAUGGGAAGACCGCUUCUCUGAGAAGUACCUGGUUGUGGGCAAGCUGGUCGCUGUGAACGACCCAGAAGCUCCUUCGGCAUGA